AAACAAUCAAUACCAUACCAUAUAAAAUAUGUACCACUGUCCUGUUUAAAUAGCGCGACUAAUGUUUAACUACGACACUGUGAACCGCAAAUUUAUAGAACAUUCCUUUUGAACUAUAAACAUCCGGAUUUGUUAUCUACCUAGUGCUUUUCAACAAGAUAUUUUGGUAAUAAUCGCCUUUUUUUUAAUGGAUCAAGUAUGUUACGUAUGGUAUGACCUGAAAACGCCACGUUCGAAUGUCUCACGAGUUAUUGUCAAACCUCAGUUGCAAUGAGGUUUGCUAACUUGUUUGGCCUUACGAUUAUCAACUUGUUUUGGAUAGACUUUCACUAUGCAUAUCCUUCCACUUCCAAAAACAGCAACCCCACCAAUUUUAGGCGUUGGUUAAACCUCUUAAAUAUGGAUAUGUCUAGUAGUGACAAGAAAUUGCUUGCUAACUCGAUUUAUGACAUGUUUAGUUUCGCAUAUGAUAGUUACUUAAAAUAUGGGUUCCCUUAUGAUGAACUAAACCCGAUUGACUGCGUUGGCCGUGGUUAUGAUCACGAAGAUCCUGAUAAUAUAAAUGUGAACGAUGCUCUUGGUGACUAUCUACUUACGCUUAUAGACUGUCUCGAUACAUUGGCAAUCAUGGGCAAAACCGAAGAUUUUAGAAAUGCAGUUAGUUUAGUAAUCAAACACCUUUCGUUUAAUCAAAAGACAAGGGUUCAAGUUUUCGAAGCAACUAUUAGAGUCCUAGGAGGUCUUUUAUCAGCACAUAUAAUCAUUACAGACCCAACUGAGUCAUUUGGCCAUCUGCGACCACCGGGAUAUGAUGAUGAAUUACUGAACCAUGCACAUAAUCUAGCGAACCGGAUGCUGAACGCUCUUUACGACACACCAACUGGGAUACCUUACCCCAGAUUUCACCUAGAUUCUGGCCUGAAAGAUAAUACAACAACUGAAAACUGCCUCGCUGGUGCUGGCUCCUUAUUACUAGAAUUCGGCUCCUUAAGUGCAUUACUCAAUGAUUCUAGUUACGCUUCGAUAGCUCGCCGCAUUGUUUUAAAUCUAUGGAAAAAGCGUUCAAGUGUUUCUGGACUUUUCGGCUCAACAAUCGAUGUGGAUUCAGGUGAAUGGAUAAAUCGAAUGAGUGGUCUCGGUGCUGGACAAGAUUCAUUUUUUGAAUAUUUACAUAAAGCAUAUAUUCUAUUUGGUGAUAAUCAAUUGGGACAAAUGUUCAAUGAGGCAUUAAGUAGUAUUCAACAUCAUUUACGUACUGGUCGACCUCAAUGUUUAUCUGGUAGUGGUUCGCCACCAAUCUAUUGGAAUGUUGAUAUGUCUUCUGGUAAUAAAGUCAAUCAUUGGAUAGAUACAUUACAGUCAGUCUGGUCUGGUGUAUUAGUUCUUCAUGGUGAUCUAAAUGAAGCAAUUUGUCAUCAUGCUGUACAUUAUUUCAUUUGGAAAAUUUAUGGUUUACCUCCAGAACGUUAUAAUAUUAUGACUGAGAAACCCGAACUGUACUUCUAUCCACUUCGUCCGGAAUUUGCUGAGUCGACAUACCUUUUAUAUAGAGCGACGAAACAUCCUUUUUAUUUACAUGUUGGCAAAGAUAUUAUGGAUGGUAUCAAUAAAUAUACUAAGACCGAGUAAGUUUCACAUAUGUGGUUAGUAACUGUUUGUCACAUAAGUUUAACUAUAGGACUUGAGAAAUAGACUAUUGUAAUGAGACUGGAACUGAACUAUAUUAUAUCUUGAUGCCAGAAAGAAGACAAACAUUGCUGAAAGAUAAGGAACUAUUUGUCUGUUAACAAUUAAAAACGUUCUUUUAUCUUACCGAUACACUCAUAUGCGAAUAACAUAUAUUAACUACUUGUCAACAAAAUUCGGACUGAUUCGGUACAAAUGAGAUAUCGUACUCGAUUUUGUAAAACCAUAAGCCACGCUAAAUUAUGCACAUUGAAAUGUUAUACAGAAAUAGUAGUAUCCUCAAGAAAAUAUCACUACUUGAUGUCGCACUUGGCGGCCCCCUUAACACUUAUCUACUCUAAUUUGAUUUUGUAGAGGAUUCUUUCCAAUUCGAAGGACAAAAGAUGACAUUUGGUGUACAAAUUGAGUUGUCAGACACAUGUACGAAUAGCAAACAGACUUGCUAUGGACACUACUAUUUGAUUGCAUCUCCAGUCAUUACUUCAUUGCCUUGUUAAUUAGACCUUUAGCUCAAUGGCUUGUCACCUAAGACAACUGAUAUAACGUUAAGUUAGUGUGAUAAAUAAUUUGACACAAACGGACUAAGUAAGCAAGAAUGAGACACGCCUUAAUCAAUAACUUAGUGUAUUCGACUCAGUAUAGAUUGAUUGACAAAAAAUAUGCAUAGAAUACAACACAAAAAAAUAAGGUACUAUAUAUACAUCAUGUGUGUCAGUCCUACGAUGUGACUAAGGAUAUAGUGAUAUAUUUAUUUGACUAAUAGAAAUACCAUCCGACCAACUCGAAUCUGUUAGGUUCAACGUGUACAUGAGAAAUUAUCUAUCUUAUUUUCGGUUGUUUGUAUAGUAUCCUAGCCCUAACACAAAUGUAAUGAUUAUACUAAUGAGGACAAUGAACUGCUUGUCAUGUGCACUCACCCUAUCUGUUUACGGUUACUUGUAAAUUAUCAGUUCAAUAUUAUCAUGCUACAACAACUUAAUAUUAUACAUCAUAGUUCCAGUCGUUUAUAGAAUAAGCUUAGGUAACUGUUAAAAACUAGGGUGUACUUAACAGCCGUUUUAUUCUAGUAUGAAACUCCUGAUUGGUAGAAGUCUAAAACAUCACCUGCGAUCGAACCCAGGAUAUCCGGGUUGUGGGGUGAGUACUUAACCUUUAAGCAUCCGUGUUGGUGUCCAAUCAUUUACAUUUUAAAUAUCAGUCAAUUCGCAAUAUUGUAGACCAUUCUCUGAUGCCGUUGGUGGAUAAGUAGCUUGCACCCGACAUGGUUGAAUUCUACUUCUCACUCGAAUUUCAAGAAAUCACCUCUUGAAGAUAGUCACUAAUGGAUACAUUAUGUUACUAUUAUAUUAUAAUACUGUAUAAUAAUAUAAUGUGCUUGCUUUGUUUCCCAGAUGUGGAUUUGCAACUAUUCAUAAUGUAAUUGAUAAAUCUAAAGAAGAUCGUAUGGAAAGCUUUUUUCUAAGUGAAACAUUGAAGUACUUAUAUUUGGUGAGUUCAAUAAUACGGCUACUUACUUACGCCUGUUACUCCUCAUGGAGAAGCAUAAGCCGCCCACCAGCACUCUCCAUCCAACCCUGUCCUGGACAAUCCUUUCCAGUUGUUAUUCAUCCUUUUCAUAUCUGCUUCUAUUUCACGACGUAGUGUGUUCUUUGGCCUUCCUCUUUUCCGCUUCCCUUCAGAAUUCCAAGUUAGGGCUUGCCUCGUGAUGCAGUUUGACGAUUUGCGUAGUGUACGUCCUAUCCAUUUCCAUCGUCUUUUCCUAAUUUCUUCUUCAGCUAGAAGUUGGUUUGUUCUCUGCCACAGUAGGCUGUUGUUGAUAGUAUCCGGCCUCAAUAAUACAGUUAUUUAGCUAUAAUUCAUUUAACCUUGAAGUUCUCUUUACUUCAACCUCACAAAUAUUUUGUCCUUAAAAAGAACAUUUCUGUUAGCAUAUGAGUAAAAGAUUUUGUAAAAUGAAGAAAUAUCUGUUUAGUAUUAAAUAGAAAAUAGAUUAGACGUGUGUGUCUUGUUGGGGAAUGGAGGUGGUUACUUCGUGAAGAACAAUUGAAACUGUCCUGUACUUCGUGUCUUGAUAGUGCAGGAAAUAAUUUACUAAGUGCUGCCAUUUUAAAGUAUUGGAUGUUGUCCCUUGAUCAUGUUCAUGCAUGUUUUCUCAGUGACUUUUGUACAUAUUGAAAGACGAUAAAAUAUGUUUGAAAAUGUAUGGCGACCUGCUUAAAUAUCUGGGCUACCUGUUGCUGCCAUCUAGAUGUUUCAACAAGUUAUCUAAUUUUACUUGUUUUAAUAAACCCUUAUGGCUAUUAAUCUCACAACCUAUUCAAGUGCGUUUCUGAAAAGUGUACAACCUUUCGUUGUACAAGAUACAAAAGAUCCAGUCAGAGAUAUCGUGGUUGCUGGCAAUAUACAGCGAAAAGAAUGUACAUUAUUUAGAUGUCGAUUGACUGGAUUGCUAACUUCUAACUGGCGAUCACUCAAUAUUUAUCGUCAGGAUCUACCAAGAAGUAAAAAACGGAAACUUGUUGAAAUACUUUGUGCUGAGAAUUCUAUAUUCUACCAAAAGUAUAAUCUUUAAUAAAGCUAAUAAUAAUAUUGACAGUAAUAAUAUUUCACGGAAAUUUGACUCUAAUUACACAAAAUAAAGAAUUUGUAAGAGUCAUAGUUUUAAAUUUUUAGACCACAGUAUAGUAGGUUCAGACGUUAUAAUAAUUGCAUUCUAUAUAUUCGUUUUCUAAGGUCAUUUUCGAAAAUACAUAACUAAUGACUUACCCAGUCAUCAUUGAAUGGAGUGUGAGUAUACAUAGAGUAGGUCAAGAAUUCACGGUUGGGGCGUAGUACCAGUUCGGCCUAAAUAUAUAUUUUGUAUUGCUUCCAUUUAUUACAUUACUCUUCGGUUUACUAGUUUAUUAAUAUUUUGCCUUGGGUAUCUGGACUCGGGUCAUAACAUAACACACUAUGGAAGAUUUUCAGUUUUUCAAAAAUUAUUUUCAUCUUCUGCAAUACUGUUAUUCUCCUCCAGUAAAUUUGGACUUUUCUAUCUACUGGAAUUUCCCGUAUGAUAAGAUGUCCUUCAUUUUUACGGCAACUGAAAGUGAUACUCCAUGUACUACCGUCGUCGUUGUAAGAUGCUGACCCUGUUUAUGCAUUUAUGCGCGAUUUAUGUUCCGCCUGUUGCCCUUCUAGGAUUGCUGCCGGUCCGGAGCCCGGAUGAAGGAGGAGGCUUGAGGAUGGGUUUCGUAAACAUCCCGUAGAAAACAAAAUUGCUAAAUGAACGCUAACCAGAAAAAUUCAUUUAAACUCUACAAUGGGAGUCAAAGGAUCUUCAUUUAGAAGAGUUAUGACGCCUCAUAAUGGAAGCCCAGAUUUUUCGAAAGUCACGAGGCCGAUGCCCCUUCCAACAACUAGACCAGCAAUUAAUAUAGGUACAUGGAAUGUCGGGACAAUGUGGGAGACCGGGAAGACUAAUCAAAUAGCUACGGAAGUCAGGAGAUACAACUUGAUGGUGUUCAGAAUAAGUGAAACCGAUUGAACCCUAUCUGGACACAAAAGAAUAGAUUCGGAAGAGUUGUUGUUGUACUACGUUCAUGAAGAAGGAAAUACCUCUCACACACAGUGAGUUGCACUGAUGUCCAAAGAGGCACGAUAAGCACUUAAAUAAUUGGAAUCUCAUGAACCCGUAAUCAUCAAAGCAUCUUUCAAAACAAAGAAGGAAGUAAUCGCAAUCAGUGUUUUCAGUGCUAUACACUCACCAAUGAUAUCAAUGACGACAAUUAAGAUCAGUUUCAUGGAAGACUGCUCAGGAAAGGACCUGACCAUCCUGAUGGGAGAUCUAGACGUCAACGUCGGAAUGAACAACACCGGGUAUGAAAUUAUCAUGGGACGACAUGGACUGACUGGGAGAAAGGGACGAGAAUGGUGAGAGACUUGUACACAUUUAUGUGCAUUCAAAAAGAUGAUUAUAGGCAGUACAAUAUUCUCCCACAAACGCAUACACAAAGCUGUAUGGGUCUCACUGGACUGCACUACAGAGAACUAGGUCGAUCAUAUUUACUUCAGUAAAAAAUUCAGAUAGUCAGUGAAUGAUGUGAAAACAAAGGGAGUGGCUGACCUAGCUUCAGAUCACCACCUGGUGGUUGCCAAGACGAAACUGAAGCUAAAGAAGCAAUGAACAACUGGACAAACAGAAUUAAGAAGGUUUAAUUCAGCCUUCCUUCAAGAUACUAACGAACACAACGAAUUCAAUAUAGCUCUGAAUAACAGGUUCCAAGCCUCACAAUAUGUACUGGAAGAAGAAACUACUAUGGAGGACAACUGGAAAGGUAUCAAAGAAGCACUAAUUUCAACGGGUCAGGAGAUGCUGGGGCGCAAGAAGCAUCAUCAUAAGGAAUGGGUCACUAUCGAAACCCCGGGUAUGAUUCAAAGAAGGAAGAACAACAGACUAACAAGAGCAGAGAAAGCCGAGCUUCAGACCGAGUACACAGAAGUAAACAAAAGAGUAAAGAAUAGCAUUAGAGCCAACAAGCGAAAAUAUAUGGAAAAUCUAGAAAUGAUCGCGGAAAAGCUGCGAGAUAAAUCAAUAUGAGACAGCUAUAUGAUGCAACGAAAAGACUGUCAGGAAAAUAUAGUAAAUCAGAGCGGCUAGUGAAAGAUGAAGGAGGCAAGCCAAUCACUGAGAUUGAAGAACAGUGGAACAGGUGAGUAAAACGCUUUGAAGAUCUCUAGAACAGACCAGCCUAUCAGUUUGUGUUCUGUUGUCUCACUUGAUCGAUGGUUGGAAUUCGAUUUAUCAAAAACUAUCUAGAUAGUGAAUUGGUCACAGAAUAAAUAUCCCAAGAAGCCACUCGUUUUCAUCAACACACCACAUAUGCCGAUAACUUAUCAAAUCAUCCUUAUUUACAUAUGAUUAUUUCUGUAGGUUUUUUUCAUUUCGACAUCUCAAUAUAUUUGGGAAGUUAAUGGAAAGAUGGAUCUAGUAACAGAUUGAGAUCUUCAUAUUUGCAUUGAUGUUUUGUUCUUAUUAAGCCCUAAUCAAAUGUAUCUCAUAUUCCACUACCUAUCCAGGGUCUAAAGUAGAAUGAACGUGUAAAUCUAAAUAUUAGAGUCAAGCUAAUUGAAUUCCCACCAAAUGCCUCGGUACGGAUGAGAGUGGGGAGAGUCCGCUCUCCCUCUCGAAAUUCUCUCACAUGGCCACGUGUGUACAGCCACUGACAGGGAAGUCUUAGUCACUGCCUUCUCGCCAACAUUACUGUUGUUUACGAAAUUGAGAGGACGAAAAGCGAGUGUCCGGCGCUUUAACCGGGUCGGUGGAUAUAAAGGAUCCACCUAGGGGAGUUGGGAAACCCUGAUUCUGAACCAGUGGUUCACAUGGGCUCCCGAAUCCUGGGGGAGCAAAUGACGUGUGAACCCGUUGUUGGUUACCGGCUACCAUGGAGCUACAUCUCACGCUGUCUCACUGCCUUAUGGAUUAGACCUUUAGAUCGAAGGCUCCGAGUAUGGCCUCCUAAGGAAUCCACCUGCUUCGGUUCGGGCACCCGGGCAAUAUCACAGCCCUCACACAAAUCAAAUAAGAUUUGUUUGGCGCAUAUGUAUCUAGUGCCCCCUUGUACCAGUAUUUAUGUGUUCAAAUAAAAUAAAAUAAAAAUAACUAAUUGAAUUCAUAAAAAGUUGGCUAAUUCACUUUUAGAUUUUUGCUUGAGAUCAUGAAUUAAUUGAUGUUAGACCACCGUUGGAAACCUGGAAGCACUGGACGGCCGUUUCGUCCUAGUGUGGGACUCCUCAGCAGUGCGCAUCCACGAUCCCGCACCCCGCGGGAUUCGAACCCAGGACCUACUGGCUUCGCGCCUGAGCACUUAACCAUUAGACCACUGAGCCGGCAUCCAAUGGUGUUAGUGUCUAACAUCAACCAAUCCACGAAAUUGCGCGACCACCUUCCAUUGUACUGAGGUAGAUACCUGUCUCUACCCGACACGGAUUAGCUCCACUGGUCACGACUUCUCACUAGAACUCCGAGAAUUCCCUCACGAAGCUAGUCACUAGUGAGCACAUGUUAAUUAUCAGUAUGGGGGUUGUGGAGAUUGUUAAGUUUUUGGUUGAGAUCAUCAUCAACAACACAUUAUGAAUAAACCUUGAAAAAUUAUCAAUCAUUAUCACUGUAAUUACCAUUACAUUUAUUCCUUCAUUUGAUUUUUUUCGUAGUUAUUCGAUGAAUCUAAUCCUGUCAAUGUGAAUGAAUAUGACUAUGUAUUCAGUACUCAAGCACAUUUAUUUCCAAUUAAACGAAUUCAAAAUCUAGUGAAAAAUCUUCAUAUGAAUCCAUUUUCUUUCCUCAAUAACUCUCAGGGUUAUGAAUUUGUGAAAAACAGCUCUUGUCCCAAUAUUAAAUUGACCACUUCUCAAUAUCCAAUGAAUGAUGAUCUUUGGAAAGCAACAGGUAUUUAUGUUAAUGCAAAAUUUGCUUCCUUACCCCAAUAUAAACUGUGAUCUUUAGAUGUAUUCUUUUUUUCUUCUAAUAAUCAUUAUUUUGUUGUUGUUGUUGUUGUUGCUAUGAUUAUUAUUGAUUUAUUGGUGUAUUUUUAACCUUUUCUUUUUACUGGAAACUAAAAACAAACAAAGAAAGUAAAUUAUUACAUUCUUCUAUUGUUACAUCAUUACUAUUUGACCUUAGUAACAAUAAUGAUGAUGAUGAUAAUAAUAAUAAUAAUUAUUAUUAUUAUUAUAAGUGAAUAAUGAGAAUGACCAGCAUAUGUAUCUUAA